AUGCGUUUCUCUACCAUUACCGUCGUUCUGCAGGCGGCCGCUCUCGCCCAGGCCGCCACGCUUCCAUCCCCUCCCUCGGGACAGUCCAUCGAGCUCGUCAAAGACUCCGUUGCCCCUGUCUCAGACACUUCAAUCGCCAACCUCGUCGAGCGCAAGGAGGUCACCGACGUCCACGCCAUCGAGACCCUCGCAGAGCAGUUCAGCUCCGCCGACAAGGACCUCGUCCUCCGCGACCUGCAGAAGCGCACGCUCAAUAUCAAGCUGGGCGCCGACACCGGCAAUCGCUACCGCGCGACCAUCAACGGCAUCGCUAUCAUCGUGCACUUCUUCUUCGAUCUCGCCAUCGAGAAGACCGUCUUCUACUGGACCAUUGACGGGACGAACCCUGCCCCGGGAGACUUGAGACUUGGUUUCCGUGAUAUGACUUCCGGAGCGGGCGUCCCUGAUGCGCGGUAUGCGCACGAUAACCGCUACUACUUCCCGGGCUUCCGUCUGUAUGAUGUUAUCAACAUCUUCAAGCCUUAG